AUGUUCGUGUUGAUUCUGAUCCUGGUCGGAAUGCACCGACCGCGUUUUGCCGACUCGACGGUGGUCAUCAUCAUCGUCACAGCGUGCCUAUGGGGUUCAGAUCGACUCCUCCGUUUUGUCAAGCUUUGUUGGAAUUUCUUUGGCAACUAUGCAACACUCACUCCAAUGGAAGACGGAGCGGUCCGGGUGAAGCUGCACCGUCCCCUGCGGUGUGCACCUGGAUCCCACGCCUUUUUGUGGAUGCCUUCCAUUCGCUUCCUUGAAUCGCACCCGUUUACACUUGUGUCCGCCGACCCAGUCGAAUUUCUCAUCCGCAAAUACGACGGCUAUACCCAUGACUUGUUUGAGCUGGCCCAGCAGCAGCCCGGGAAGCGCUUACGAUGCUCGGUGGAUGGGGGAUAUGGACGGAUCCCGGACUUCAUGACUUUCGACCGCGUAAUUCUUGUCGCAGGUGGUAGUGGUGCCAGUUUCACCUUUGCAAUUGCUCUCAGCAUCCUCAAGGAGGGUGCAGCCGGGAAUGCCACCAAGAUCAUUGAUUUUAUCUGGACCGUCAAACACUCUGAGUCAUUAAACUGGUUUGAAAGGGAGCUCCAACAACUCCAAGAAAGCCCUUGCGUGAACCUGUUCAUCCAUGUUUCUCGUGAUGAUGUCACAUCUGAAGAUUGCUCGCGCCUGAAUUCAGCGCUGGUGGCCGGAGACGUGGAGAAAGGGAAGGAGGAAGCAAAUGGCCGAUCGAUCCCCCUUUCUGACCGACGGAAAGGGCGGCCGGAUACUGCGAAUCUGCUUGCUGGCUGCAUAUCACAAUGCAGCUUGGAGUCAAGGAUUGGAGUCGGUGCCUGUGGACCAAUUCAGAUGAUUGAGGCUAUACGCGAUGCCAUCUAUCAAAGCACAUACGAUAACGGUCCUUCGAUCGCUUUAUACACCGAGGUAGGCAACCUGCCCCGCUUGCAUAUUGCAGCUUCCGCUCGAUAUUAA